AUGGGGACAUUCCGAAGAGGCGUAGGAGUUUUUGAGCUUCUUGAACUCGAAGACGCCGUUAAAUGGAGGAGGAACUUUUUGACUUUCGACCUUGAGUCGGCCAUCAUGCUCGGACGAAGCCAAUAUGACUUGGGAAUGAGCGCUGUAGUGGACAGCACGGAAGAUGCCGUAUAUGUAGCGUUUAUACCCUCGCAAGUCGGCAACUCCGCCUCUUUCCAUUCUGAAGUAAUCCUCCGUCGUUUUCCUCACAAGGUGAUUCCACCGUCUGAAGUUCGACUCGCUUCCUCUUCCGAGUCUUCUGGUUUUCGUACACUGUCUCGUAACCUCUUUUCCUCUCCCGAAUAUGUUUCAUAUAGGGAACUGAGGGCCCUGGCCGAGGUCACGGUGAUGGAGGAAACCAGGCUUGAAAUUAAGCUGGCAGAAGUUGGUCUGGGAGAUAUGAUGGUUUUGGAGCUCGAUUCGACAUUUUUAGACAUGAGAAACCCGUCGACUCCUAAAGGAGGUGGCCCGUUUUCCUUCCAACAUAACGAGGAAAUGCAGUACUACGCCCCUUAUCGAAAGUACUUGCCUAGCAAUUUCGUCAAACUCCUUUGUGUUUGGGACCAGCUACGCAUUCCCCAUGAAGAGAGAGAGCAGGUUUUCAGGGGUGAGCUUCUGGCCAUUGGAUUUGAUGUAGAUCCCAAUCUUAUGCGGGCCCGAAUGUUGGAUGAAUCACAGGCAAUUCUCAUUGCAUCGCUCACAGACUUCGCUGUCCAAGGUUCCCCGGCGCUCCCUUAA